CUAAUCUGUUAAUUUUUUUUCUUCUUGCUUAGUUCAAGCAGUGUGUAAAAGCUCUAGUAAAAGCUCUUUGCAGCUUCUCAAUUCUCCAGCACUCGUAAACCAGCUCAAUUGCACGGCACUGAGCAAGGACAUAUAUAUAUACACACACACACACACACACACCCAUGAACACACGACCGCACAUGCUCAUUCUCCCUGAGUUGCACGAGCACACACACAUCGCCUCACACGCGUACGGUGCUGCCUGUGAGAACCAGCUGGAGAAAGCCCAUCUCACGCGCAGAGAGAGAGAGGGAAAGGAACAGAGGACAAGAGUGAGAGAGCGAGACAAAGGAAGGUAGGGACGGAAGGAGAAAAGGAGUGAAAAAAAGUGCAGCUGGCUCCAGGAGAGGCUAACGACACGGAGUGAAGACAAGAGAGAGGAGGAGGACCAGGAGGGUGGAUCAGGAAGCAGGCUCGUGGCUCUCUUUUGAAGGCAGCGGAGCGUGGUGAAGGCAUUAUGGGAAAUGCACCAUCACAAGCCAUCACUGCUGGAAAGAGAGAUAGAGAGAGAGAGCACACGGCAACGCGACCAGAAUACAAAGCAGGCCGAGAUGAUGUGGAAGACCCUGAGCGUGGCGGAGGUCACAUGAUGUCCACAGAUGACCUGGAGUACCCGCGUGAAUAUCGGACGCUGGGAAACAGCACGCGACGCUUCUCCAAUGUGGGGCUGGUCCACACCUCUGAACACCGGCACACGGUCAUCGCCGCCCAGAGCCUGGAGGCCCUCACCAACCUGCACAAGGCCGACAUGGAACGCAAGCGGGACACAUUCAUGGACCACCUGAAGAACAAGUACCCUCCUCAGCACUCCCUACCACCCUCACCAUCCCCCUCACACGGCAGCAUGAGGGGCACUGCAGAGAGAAGCGCACGUGAACAGCAGCAGCCAAACUACUGGAGCUUUAAGAGCCGUAGUCCACGUCACUCCCAGUCCACUCAGUCAGGUUUGGCAGACCAGGCGUCUAAACUGUCCUUCGCAUCUGCUGAGUCUCUGGAGACCAUGUCUGAGGCUGACAUGCCGCUGGGCUUCAACCGCAUGAACCGUUUCCGUCAGAGCCUCCCACUCUCCCGCUCUGCAAGCCAGAAUAAACUACGUUCUCCAGGUGUCCUCUUCCUUCAGUUUGGAGAUGAGACCAGACGUGUUCAUAUCACUCACGAGCUCAACAGUUUGGAGACCUUGCACGCACUCAUCGUGCACAUGUUCCCUCAGAAGCUGACAGCGGGAAUGCUGAAGUCCCCGAACACAGCCAUCUUGAUCAAAGACGAAGCAAGGAACGUUUUCUACGAGCUGGAGGACGUGAGGGACAUACAGGACCGCAGUAUUAUUAAAAUCUAUCGCAAAGAGCCCAUCUAUGCCUCCUAUCCUGCUGCACAUCUGGCCAAUGGAGACCUCAGGAGAGAGAUGGUUUAUUCAUCCCGGGACUCCUCACCUACCCGUCGCCUCAACACUCUCCCUUCCUCCUCUGCCUCGCCCUCCUCCGGUUCUCCUUCUCGAUCCCGUCUCUCCUACAGUGGAGGUCGGCCCCCUUCUUUUGCUGGUCCGGGUCACCCUCACUCACAAGGCCUCCAGCAUCAGUCCCACUCCCACCACCCUUCACCCUCUCACGGACAGACUCAAGGCCUAAACCCCUCCUCCUCAGCCAUCCUGGAGCGGCGUGAUGUCAAACCUGACGAGGAGAUGUCUGGUAAAAGCAUGGUCCUCCUGAAGAAUGAAGGUCUUUAUGCUGAUCCGUACAGUUUGAUGCACGAGGGUCGGCUUAGUAUCGCUUCUACUCAGUCCCUGGCCACCAUCGCCGACCCCUUUGGCUUCCCAGUGUCAGGAGGUCUGUACCGCAGAGGUUCGAUGCGGUCUCUCAGUACAUACUCAGCUGCAGCACUGCAAAGCGACCUGGAGGACAGUCUGUAUAAGCCUGGAGGUUCUCUAUACUCCGAUACCUACAGCAGCUCCACGCUUGGCAUGGGCUUUCGUCUGCCGCCCUCCUCCCCGCAGAAGAUUCCCGACGUGCAGCUGCGGGACAGGGAAUCGUUCACAGGGUCUCCCAGCCGAGGGUCGCCUGUGAGAACCACCUUCCGCAAAGACUCCGCUUCCUCUUCUGUGUUUGUGGAGAGUCCCAAGUCCAGACCCAGCUCCAGUUCUGAACCCCUAGGUGAUGGGAGUAAGGGACCCGGAUUUGGGUCGUCAUUGUCUGGGCCCGAGACGGACACACGCAGGGAUCGUAUGGAGGCAAUGGAGAAGCAGAUAGCCAGUCUGACUGGACUGGUUCAGAGUGUCCUAACCCGAGCACCGGACAGCGACAGCACAUGCGGCCUGCUGCGUCUCUGCAUGAUGGCGGGCUGCCCUCCGGACCAUGGUGCGGACUUUUCACGGCCCUUCCCUUUCUCUUCCAGCGAGAAGACCGAAUCCACCAGCGACGGCUCCGCCACAGGAACUGGCCGGCUGAAGAAGAAAGCGCUGACUCCAUCUGCACCGCUGGCACUGAUGCCUCCGCCUUCAUCUGGAGGCUCUCAGGCCUCCACCGUCUCCAGGCUACAGAUGCAGCUUCACCUGCACGACCUACAACAGAACGCCACCGAUCUGCGCAAACAGCUCGCCCAGCUCCGUAAAAUGCAGUUGCAGAACCAGGACUCCAUAUGCAGUCUGCUGAAGAGGACCGAGACAGAGCUGAGUCUCCGUCUAUCAGAUGCGCUGAGGAAACAGGAAGACCCUCUCCAGAGACAGCGCCUCCUAGUGGAAGAGGAGAGACUCAAGUACCUGAAUGAGGAGGAACUCAUCAUACAGCAACUGCAUGAUCUGGAAAAGUCAGUGGACGAAAUCCAGAAGGAGUUGUCAGUCAAUCACCGACAUGUGACAGUGCAGGAGCUGGAGGAGAAAAGCUCGCUGCUGAGGAAACUGGGAGAGACUCUCACAGAGCUGAAGAAUCAGUUUCCAGGCCUCCAGAGUAAAAUGCGUGUGGUGUUACGAGUGGAAGUGGAAGCUGUGAAAUUCCUGAAAGAGGAGCCACACAGACUGGACGCCCUGCUUAAACGCUGCAAAUCUAUCACAGACUCUCUCUCCACGCUGAGGAGGCAGGUGAAUGAAGGAGUGUGGAAAACCCAGGAUGAGUAUUCCAGCCCCUCCCCUAAACUCGGAGGAGGGGAUGAGUACAGGAAGAACCCAGACUUUGACAUUCCAACCAGCCCACCGCUAAACCUCAAUGAGACCAGCCUGGCUAACUGGAGCCCUCACUCUGGUCAAGGCCACGGUCACUCGAACCCUUCUGGUGCACAGCGUGAGAGAGAUUCUCAUGGGACGGUGGGCUCUUUGAAGGGACGGGAGCUGGGCGAGCUGGGAGGUCGAGGCGGGUCUGAAAAGGCCUCAUCUGUGGAAGUGAGACUGGCAGCAGAGCGGGAUUGGGAAGAGAAGAGGGCCAGUCUAACACAGUACAGUGCUCAGGACAUUAAUCGACUGUUGGAGGAGACUCAGGCGGAGCUCAUGAAGGCAAUUCCUGACUUGGACUUUGCUGCCAAGCAGAUCAGACCUACUCAGAACCAGAUUCAAAACCAAAACCAGAGCCAGAGUCCAUCUAACACCAAUGCCACACCUGAACACAAGCCAAAUAAACCUCAGAAUAAACUUUCCAGUAAAGACAGCGGAUCCAGACGAGGUUCGGAUGAGCUGACGGUGGCAAGGUAUCGAACGGAGAAGCCCUCAAAAUCCCCCCCUCCUCCCCCUCCCCGCCGGAGUUUCCCGUCCUCCCCUGGCCUGACUACACGCAGCGGAGAGAUGAUCAUUCCUGGAAAGAGUAUAAAGAAGUCAGAAUCAGAGGAGACUGAGUCUCAGAAGCCACACGUUAAGCUGAGGAGGAGUGUAUCUGAAGCCCCCCGACCGGCCUCCACACCUCCAACCAUUGCUGGUGGAGAGCGAGAGGAGGGCGCAGAGGACAAGUUAGCAGCUGAGCUGGAGACUGGCGGUGGAAAAGUGUUGUCUCGUCUAAAGCACCUGCAGCAAAGUGGAUCAGAAAAGAGCAAAACAAGCAAACAGAGAGAGGACUUCCUAAAGAACCAGGGUCAACAGCAGGCUCUAAGUCUGAACAUCAGCAGAGGCAGAACAACCGAGUCGCUCCUCGCAAGCACCAGAGCCGCUAGCUUCUCUGGCCACCUACCUUCCAGAUUGCGAAAGUACCCCCAGGAGGGGGCGCUGUCCUCCUUAACGGCCUCCUCCAACCAGGCCAAAGCGCUUCUUGCUAGCCUCUCCUCAUCCAGUUUCUCAGCAGAGGCCCUCCUGCUCUCGUCCACUUUAAGACAGCAUCGGUUACUCAGAGAGCAGAACUUCAACUCCUCAAGCCUUCCUCUUCCCAUCUCCAAUGGUCGAUCCCCUCCCUCUCCGACUUCACCUACAUCCUCUUCCUCAACCUCAACCUCACCCUCUGCUCUGACCUCACUGAGUCUGUCCUCGCUGUCCCUGAAACCCUCAGUCUCCGGAAGCUUGGAGUUUGUCAAGGAGAGGAAUAAGACUAAACCCAAGAUGGUGACUCUGGACAACAGUGAUUAAGGAGGAUGUGGCUGGAAAUGUAUAUAUAGGAUGCAGACAGCACAGGCAGAUGAACUGAAAUGCUGAAAUGAUGAACUUUUUUUUUUUUUGGAGGCUUAGCUUCUAUAGUGUUUUGUUUCUGAUCCUUUCCCCGGCUCUCCUUACCAAGACGCCUUGCAGAGAAUGGUGACGUAGUGCAAGGAGGCGUAGUGCACUUUUCUUCAGUUUGUAAACCGAUCCAAACUGUAAACCCUACCUACUCUGCAUUUCUGCCAGUUCCUCAAACUAGAGAACCAACAGAUGGGCUUGGACACUCACCACCAGCCUGUUUCCAGCUCCACUGCACAGCCAGCAUCACACCACCCACGGGAGGCCUGGGGAAGGACUCUUUACCCAAACCCUCAAUCAUUUGCCAAAUCUCACAUGUUGGAGGUCUAGCUGAGUUCGGUAGAUAUCCAUCAAGUGUAAAAUCAAGACUGUAAGACUAUGUAAAACCUAGUAGAGUUGCAAUAAUUGAAAGUGAGUACUGUAGUAGUCAGUGUUUGUCGAGAUGUUUUAUUGCUAAUAUCUAUAUUAACAAAAAGAAUGUUAAAAAAAUAACAGCAAAAACUUAAUAUGGAGGCAGUGUUGCUUGUUAUAAUGUAGAUUUUGCCUAUCAGGCAUACUGCUAAAGGACAAUAACUGAAAUUGGUGCUAUGAUUAACAUUUUGAUGAUUAUAAACUCCCUUAAGUGGAUAGUUCAUCCAAAAAUUAACAUUCUGCCAUGAUUUACUCAUUCUUAUGUUGUUGUAAACUGAUUGACUUGCUUUCUGAAAAGAAAAAUCCUUGGUUUAUUGUCUACAACAGAAGUCAGUAGGGUCUAACAAUGUUUCGGACUCCACUGACUUAAAUUGUGUGGGCAAAAACAUUCUUCAAAAUAUCUUCUUUUGUGUUCUACAGAAGAAAGAAUUUCAUGUAGAAUUUUCAUUUUCAGAAGAACUUUCCCUUUGAAACACAUACACUGCCUAAGAGACUAUUUUUGUUCUCAUUUGCACUCAAAUAGGUCUUCAUACAGCCGUUUUACAUGUUUGCUGUAACUUAGCACAAGUUGUCAUGGCAACAGAGGAAUUGUGAGAAAGUGGACGGCUGCCUACUUUUUAAAUAACUUAUUAUGGGAUGGUGUUGUUAGGCAUUUGUUUUCUUCAAAGUCAAAGUUUUCCUCUGUAAGGAUAUAUUUAGGAUAACUUCCCGGUUCUUGUCAUUGCAGAAGCACAACAGGUUUUAGAAGCUAGAGAAAGUACAAUGAUCUGACAAUCAUCAAACAUUCGGCACAAGCUGUCUUAACCUUUGGGCCUCCCAGAUUGUGAAGCUGAAUUCCAAUUUAAAAUGAACAAACAGAUGGUCAGGUUCACCGUGUAGGGGUUGCACAAGCAAGAAGACAGAGGGUAAUUCCACAGCAUGUACGCCAGUGGACGUGAUCCAUUGAGUAGAAGACAUCUGUGCGGUAGAGAAAUCCAACUCAUCCUUUCUCCUACUGUAAUGAGCAAGUCAAACCCUCCGACACUUAGAUUCAAUAUCAUUUUUAGAAGGUAACUGUGUGCCAGUUUAUGAUUACCUGGAAUGGUGAUGUAAAUAUGAACAUCACAUCCGUUCUUUUAAAGGCUCUGAUUAUGCCCAUCCAUCUGCUUUUCUCAUUCCAUAACAUGCACGCACUGGCACACGCGACAAAAUUCUUUUUCUUCUUCUCACAGGGGUAUUCUUAUGUUGCGAAUUUGUCAAUGCCACAACCUGCAGGUUUUCUCAUGAGCCCAGAGAAUUUAAGAGCAGAAUAGAAUGAGAUGAAUAGAGCAAGAGGGGAGAUUUUUCUAACUUCCUGAAAAAACCAAUGUGUGAAAUUGAUUGCUUGUGCUGCGGGGUUUAAAAUAAUGGCUUAAGCACUAGGUUGACGUCGAGAGUAAAUGGCCAGAGGAGAGAUUAGUGGUGCUACUCCGUGUCUCGCAGCCAAAUCGGCCUGUAAUUCAUGUCCGAAAUGUAUAAUGAUUCAUGUGGGAUGUGCUGUGAGAGGCAAAAAGGUCAAGCUUAGGUUGUUACAUGCAUGGAAACUCCUUCAUUUAAGCCACUGAAUACAGUUUUAUUUCAAUUUAACAUCUGUGAUUGAAAACGCCUGGAUCUGCUAGUUAUACAAAAAGCAGAGCAACUCAGUGGUGGUUUGCAAAAUUCCUUAAAAUUACAAUUGUUAAAAUGAACUUGUCUUGAUUUGUACUCUAGAUCUUUUACACACUUGAUUUUUCUAGUCCUGUCUGGAAAGUCCACAGCAACCAUCAGAUUCAAAGCUUAGCCGAUUUAAGGACUCCGCACCAAACUAUUAUUUCAAACUAGCAAGUUUAGCAAUUUGUCCUGCCGUGAGCACACUCGCACGAUCAAAACGUUACCCACGGCCUACAGUUUCUCAGAAACCAGAACCGGGUUUCAUGCUUGGGUGGAGAUGCUAAGAAUCUACUGCACUUCCUGUCAGAAAGUGCACUUCAUCCUCUUAGUAAAGCCACGGGUAGAAAUUUGUGAGCUAAGAAAAGACCGUCUUGACUCCCCUCGGAGAGUGUGAUGGAUAAAUGUAGGAAGCUGGUGAAAUCUCCCUUUUUAAAGCAGUAUCUUUCUCUCUUAAAACAUGGUAAGAUAUCAGCUCAGACAUGAUAUAUAAAUACAUCUUCAAAUUUAGUCAUUUAUUUUUCACUUAACAUGGUUGGUAAAAAAAAUUGUAUGAUACUAGAUUUGCGUUUGUAUAUUUUUUUGUUUGUUGAUUUUAUAUUAACUGAGAUUUAUUUGUACAUACUUUUGUUUUUGUAAUCCUGAAGAAAAACAUAGCACACUAGAAAAUUAUUUAUUCAUAAGAAAAGUGUUUUGUAUAUUGAUUUGAAAAUAUUACUCUGUACAGUCCAGCUCAUGUAUGAAGUAUAACUGCAUCUAACCACAGGUUGAGAUUUUGUUCAUUUUAUGAGUUUAUAAAUUGGGUGAAUCUGAAAAAGCCUUUAUCCAGCCAGACAGUCAAAAGAUUUUAUUUAAUGUGAUUCGAGUGAAAUCAGGUGCAUUGCUGAUACUUAUUAAACUCUAAUCUGUAUGGUUACCUGAGAAUGUCAUUUGCUUAUUCUUAAUUUGUUUGCUUUUGGUGGAAUCAAAGAUGAAAUGUGGCUAUAAUGGCAAAUGUAAAUGAACUGCCACAACCCUCUCCUGCCAUCUAGUGGUAGGGAGUACAUCUGAAAUGUAUUGCUUAUUCAGUGAGACACUACUGAAUAACAGUUUUUAAACUUUCAAUGUACAAAUGCCUUGGUCAAGGAAACGAAAAGGAAAUGUUUGAGUUGCAGGUUAGAGAAAGACUGCAGGAGGUAGGAGGAGCUGGAUGCUUCUGCUAGUUGUGUCUGGUUUACCAGGCCAAAAAUAACGGAGCACUUUGGAGAAAGCACAUUCUUUGUUGAAUGGUCUUUGAUGGAACGUCUUUAUGUAGAAUAUUUUAACAGAGCUCUUUAGUCCCUUAAGUGAGAUUUCUUUUCUAUAUGGAUGUGUGGAUGUUACAAAAUUCUGACAUCAAAUAAUACGAUUAAAAAAAAAAAAAAAAAAAAAAAAUGAAAAUACUAUAACAUGUAAAUAAAACCGUAAUUAUUCGAUUCUGACAAAAUUAUGUCCUGAAAAAAAAAAAUUUUAUUUAAAAGAUGGAGUUAUAAGGUAUAUAUUAAAAGUUUUUAAAAAUAUAUUAAAAACAAUAAUUAUAGCAAUGCAUGUACAUCCUAAAAGCAAUCGCACGGUGUAGAUGAUUUAAAAAACAAAAAAAACAAAGUUAUAUACAUGUUUGUUUUUUUUAGGUCAAUGGAGAGAAUAUUGAGGUCAAGUGCACUGAAAUGAGGUUCACAGCUGUAGAGGUAAAGUAGGAAUAAAUGACUUUUUCUAUAUGUCUGAUUUCUUUGUGGCUCAGGCAUGUCCAGUCUUACUGUAAUCUGUGGUGAUCAGACUUGAGUGGCAAGCUCUGAAUGUGUUUUACUGAGUGAUUGAGCAGAUUUAGUUCAGCUCUGAGCAUCAGGGCACUAGUUAUGGUGUGAGCCCUUUACCUUCCCAUCUCUAGAGUAGAGAAUUAUACCAACAGAGAAUCACUCUAUAUACAAAUAAGAUAUAUAAACACCUAUAGAUACAGAAGAAAAAUAAGUUAAUUUGUCAGUGUGGAUGCCAUGAUAACUUUGUGAAAAAUGUGACUAUUUAUUUUUUUUCUGUGAGAAAACAUUGAGAGCUGAAACAUUUUGUACAUAAUUGCUGUGGUUGUGUGUCUAAUAAAGUACAGCUCUCUUCUAUGAC